UACCCCGCCUCGUAGCUUUCCACCACGUUCCCCAUCUACUCCACUCCACUGACUCUCUCGCACGACCAACGGUACCAUCACAAGUCAACUGAUCCAUUAGCCCUUCGCGUACAUUCCAGUUUCUCAAGCCGAGGCCCAAUGCCGUCCGACCGACAUGCCGAGUGCUCUCUUAUCCGCGCGCGAGCGGUACCCAAACACGAGAUGGGACGUGGUGUGACUUGAUACUAAGUGGAAGAUGCAGCAUAGCGGGUCCGGAUCCGUCGUCGUCGUCUCUCCACCGGCGAAAAAAAGCUUCUAAAUCCUUCAAGAGCUAGGCUAAGGGAAGCUUGAGAGAUAACCCCGCAGCUCGUCCCAGUCUUCGAUUCAAAAGCCCCUCGGAACCCACACUUCUUCUUCACUUCCAUUGUCUUAAUUGACCCCAAUUGCACCCGAAAACGCACAAUUUUCCACAAUGUCCCUCCCUAAGACGCAAAAAGCCGCCGUCAAGGUAGGCCAAGGCGACGCCUCCAAAGUCGAGGUCAAAGAGAUCCCCGUGCCCUCCCCGAACUCCGACCAAAUCCUCGUCAAGAUAAACUACAGCGGUCUCUGCGCCUCCGACAAGUCCCUCCUGCACGACGAAUGGUCCUCCACCGGGCUGACCCAGCUCCCCGUCACGCAAGGCAUCGCAGGCCACGAAGGCGCGGGAACCGUCGUCGCCAUCGGAUCCGACGUGCAAGAUCUCUGGUCCCUCGGCGACCGCGCGGGCAUAAAAUGGAUCGCGAGUGUUUGCCGCAAGUGCGAGUUCUGCACCAACGGGCGGGAUGAGUGUCAUUGCCCUAAGCAGCUGAAUAGCGGGUUUAGCAUUGCGGGGACUUUCCAGGAGUAUGUGCUGACGGAUGCGAGGUAUGCGACGAGGCUGCCCGAGGGGGUUAAAGAUGAGGAGGCGGGGCCGAUUAUGUGUGGAGGCGUGACAGCGUACGUUGCGUGUAAGAGAAGUGCGGUGAGGCCGGGGCAGUGGCUUGUUCUGCCUGGUGCUGGAGGCGGUCUCGGACAUCUCGCAGUUCAAUACGCGAAAGCGAUGGGCAUGCGCGUCAUCGCCAUUGACGGAGGGGACGCUAAGCGCGAUCUCUGCCUCAAGCUUGGCGCUGAGAAGUUCAUCGACUUUACCAAAACCAAGGACAUCCCCGCCGAAGUGACGAAAAUCACAACAUAUGGCGCGCACGGAGUCGUUGUGACAGCGGCCACAAAAGCCGGAUACGAAAUGGCGCCGCAUCUGCUACGUCCGGGAGGUACCAUGGUCUGCGUGGGGUUGCCCAAGGAUGCGAGUGUGAUCGCUGGUGCACCUCCGAUCAUGAUGUGUCUGAAGAGGUUAAAUGUUGUGGGCAGUGUCGUUGGGACGUUGAAGGAUGUUGAGGAGUGCCUUGACUUUACGGCUCGCGGGCUUGUCCAUCCCAUCCUAACGCACGGCGGUCUGGAGGACAUCAACCGUUUCUGCGACGAUAUGAAUGCCGGAAAGCUGCCCGGCCGCGCUGUGAUCAAGAUUGCGGCAUCAUAAAGAGCUGCUGUAUCGGCCUCUUGUCGUGUACAUGCUGAGCAGUUAGCGUCCACGAAAUGUAGAUAAGAAUGGUGUACCUCUCGCGCGGUGUCACUGCUACCCUGAUGUGUGUGUAAGCAGUAAAUCGCAGGGCCAGGAUGAGCAGGCCGGAACGGGUAGAUCAGGAUACUAUAUCCAUUCUCUACUUAUUUUGGACUUUGCAGUCUCAGAGUAGUGAGGAGUUGAACCUCAAGCCCUUGCAGUAUAAGAGCAUUAUCAUAUACACGUACAGUCUUC